CACAGCGUCCCUCUGUGUCAGUGAGUCCCUCUGCUGAGAUGAUGGAGGGUGGUUCAGUGACUCUGACCUGUAGCGCUGAUGCUAACCCAGCAGCUAACUACACCUGGUACAAGGAGCAUGAAGACUCACCACGAGCAUCAGGACAGAUGUUCACCAUCACUGACUUCAGAGCUGAACACAGUGGGAAUUAUUACUGUGAAGCCCAGAACCAGAUGGGACGUAAUACCUCCACCUUACUUCUGAUUACUUCUUCAGGUGGAGAUACAACAACAAUGAUAGCGUCCAUCACCGGGUGGACUCUGCUGGUUGUGAUGCUGAUUCUUCUGCUUGUCUUCUGUCUGUGGAUGAGGAAGAAGAAAGCUGUGAGCUCCACCACUGAACCACAUGAGCCCAGAGAGGCUGUGGAGAUGGACCUUCAUCCUGAGUAUGAGGACCUCUCAGCACAGAGAGAAGACCCAGAGGAGCAGGAAGACCAGGUGUGAAGAUGCAGUGGAACCAGAGGGAGACUCACCUGGACGGAGACAGCAACAAGUGGACAUAUUUCGCUUCAGUAAGACCAGUUAUUAUCUGAGGUCUUUUUAUUUCAUUCUCUUUGCUCUUCAAUCGCUGUUCUUAUUUGAAAUGUUCUUUUAUUGUGAAUUUCAUUGUUGCUGAAAUAUGUUUUAUGGAUUAACUUGCCUUAAAAUAUCAGACGCAGUGCCGUGUAGCAGAAUAUUCAUAAUGCCUGCUUUAAUUAUGCCUGUGCUGGUACGUAACUUUCCUGUGCCGAUGUGAGGGUUUUUGGAACAGAGGAUGUUGGAUGUGUACACACUUUAAAGCCCUUUGAGGCAGAUGUGUCAUUUAUGAUUUUGGGCUGUACACAAUGAAAUGAAUUGAAUAGAAUUGUUUGACGCAGGGAUGAAUUCCUCUGCACAGUUCUUCUGUUUGUUUUACUUUCAAUGUAAAAAGCUCUCUCCAUCUUCCACUACCAUCUCAGUCUCUCUGAUUUUUCUUAUCGCCACAAUUCAGAGGGUUUAAUCUGCUGCCAUCAGACUACCACUAGAUGUCAGAGUUUAUUCAGAAAAAACAUUGUUGCUGGAAAAGCAAACCUGACUACUUUAA